UGUGAGGAGGCAGAGCUGCAGAUUCGUCUUGUUGGUUUUUUGGCCCAGACUUGAGGUUUUGCAAGUUUUUCCCUGUGUUGGGGUUACGCGCGGAGAAUUUCUUAUCGAUUUCCGCCGGGUCUCUUUUUUUUUCUCCCUUCACUAUCGCCAUCUUUUUGACCACUUUUGUUUAAACGGCAAAGGAAGGUGACGACUGACUUACCUUCAAUAUGUCGUCUAUGAUCACCACGGCUGCGUGGGUGCGACAAGGUGUCGCAGCCCAGUUCCCUACGAAAUAUGAAAUCAACGAGGAGGAAAUGGACCGCAUAUCGAAGCUUGCGAAGAUGCAGCUCGAAGAAGCGCAGGGUGACCUGAAGGCCGCGCAGGAGGACGAGGCCAUGGAGGAGGAUCAGAAGGAGGAUGCCGGCGAGGAUGCUAUGGAGGACGAUGAGAAGCCCGCGGCUGAUGCGGAGAAGAAAAAUGCUACCGAUGAUGACGACCUGAAAGAGUACGAUCUCGACCACUACGACAGCGACGAGGUCGAUGAGGAUGGCGAGAAGUUCACCAUGUUCGGCAAUGUCAAGUCGCUGGCGUACCAUCAACCGAACGAGGAGGACCCGUACCUGGUCAUGCCGCCGGAGGAGGAGGAUGAGGAAAGAGAGGAGUUGCAGAUCAUGCCCAAGGAUAACCUGAUCCUGGCUGGGAAGGUGGAGGACGAGGUCGCCCAUCUCGAGGUCUACGUCUACGAGGACGCCGCCGACAAUCUUUAUGUACACCACGACAUCAUGCUGCCCGCCAUUCCUCUCGCCGUGGAGUGGCUGGAUAUCCCCGUGGGCAAGGCCGCUGAGGGCCGGACCACUGGAAACUUCGUCGCGGUUGGUACGAUGGAGCCGGAUAUCGAGAUCUGGGAUCUCGACAUCGUCGACUGCAUGUAUCCCAACGCCAUUCUCGGCCAGGGUGGCGCCGAUGCGGAAGGAAAGAAGUCGAAGAAGAAGAAGCCCAAGGCCAACGACGAGUACCACAUUGACGCCGUGCUGGCAUUGGCUGCCAACCGGCAGCACCGCAACCUGCUGGCCUCCGGCUCGGCGGACCGGACGGUCAAGUUGUGGGACCUGCAGACCACCAAGUGCGCCAAGUCCUACUCUCACCACACCGACAAGGUCUGCUCGUUGAACUGGCACCCCACCGAAUCUACGAUCCUGUUGACUGGUAGUUACGACCGGACCGUCGUGGCCGCGGAUAUGCGCGCGCCCGACUCCAAGGCUCGCUGGGGCGUGGAUACGGAUGUCGAGAACGUGCGUUGGGACCCUCAUGACCCCAACUACUUCUACGUGACGACCGAUGGCGGAAUGGUGUAUCGCUACGACGUACGCAACAUCCCCGCCAGCCCCAAGGAGUCCAAGCCCGUGUGGUCGCUGCAGGCGCACGACUCCUCCGUGUCAGCCUUCGACAUCAACCCAGCUAUCCCCGGCUUCCUGGUCACAGGAUCGACGGACAAGCAGGUGAAGCUCUGGAAUGUGGAGGACAACAAGCCCAGCAUGGUCGUCUCGCGCAAGCUGGAGGUGGGCAAGGUCUUCUCGACGAGCUUUGCACCGGAUGCCGACGUGAGCUUCCGCCUGGCCGUGGCCGGCAGCAAGGGCGUGGUCCAGAUUUGGGAUACCUCCACCAACGGGGCGGUGCGUCGCGCAUUCGUGUCGCGCAUGCCGUCUUUGGAAGGCGAAGUCAAGGAGCGCAUGGUGGGCAUGCAGCCCGAUCAGGAUGAGUCGGACGAUGAUGCUGGACAGGAGGUUGGCGGUGGGCACGGCGGCGAUGGCUGGGAGUCGAUGGAUGAGGAUUAAGCAAAAAGCGAAAAGCACGUGAUAACGAAGAUUGAGACAAUUUCAUGUCGAACCCUCAAAAUUUACGAAGAUAUUUAGAUAGCUUUUUUUUUUGUUGUGCUUCUUUUGUUGUCUAUUUUUAUUUUCCAUUGACCUACAAUGAAAACG